AAGACAAACGUGGGAUGAGCAUGGGUGAACAAUUGUCGUACACAAAUGACAAAAGAAGCAAAUGUCGACACAAACAUAUCCAAUCCAACAAAAUUCUAAAGCUCAAUUGCUGCCUAUUACUUCAUCCUAGUGGUGCCAAUUUACUCUCAUCUCGCUUUCACCUUCACUACUGCCUACAAUAUUUAUUAUCUUCUGCACCCAGUUUCUUUCUCCUCUCUUUCUCUCUCUUGCUUUCUCUCAAGUGAGCUCUGGUCAACGAAAUGUCUAUCAGUGUAGUCAGCUUCAACUUCUGAUCUUCUCAUGGCGCUAACCUCAAGCAAAGUAUUAAGAUAUCCUGCUGUUGCAGAUCAAACUGCUAAUUCUAACCGACAAGCAAUUUUAUGUUCUAUACCUAAUUCUCCAAGAUCGAGUUUCCAUAGUCGAAAUCAGGGAGCCUGCUUAAGAAGAUUGUGCAGUGAGCGUAGCGAGGAAUCCAGGCCGAGUCCCCCUCCGGGAAGUCUAUGGGGCCUAUGCAGAAGACCUAUAAGCUAUUCUAGAUGCCGGAGAUUAUUAAUGCAAUGCCAUUUGUCAGGAACUCCUCAGACAAAAUCAAGAGAAAGCAGCAGACAUGCUGGUGAAUCUGCAGAUAUAACUGGAGAAGGGAUUGAAGAGAAGGAAGCUCAGAAAUCUGAUGGAGGCCAAGAGUUAGCUUCCACAAUUCAAGGACUAGCAGAAGCCUAUAAAUACGUUCAUAAUGAUGCAAAGUUUGUUAACGAAAGAGCACGUAAAGAUAUUGUCUUACUUUCUCGUGGUCUACGCAGCCUUGAUGCUCGUGCACGUCAGGAUGUAGCUAUCCUCGGUUUGGAGUUUCUUAAACUAGAUGCCCGGGCAAGGGAAGAUACUGAAAAGAUUGACAAUGAUGUCAAGAGAAAGGCUGAACGCCUUCAUCACAUUGCUACAAUUCUUAAAGACAAAGCAAAAUCAAGACUAAAGACUGCAGCAGAUCAACACUGGAGUGAUGGAGCAUUAGAGGCUGACUUACGGCGGGCUGACCUGCGUGCCAAGAGACGUGCGAUGGGGGAUACCCUUAUGGCCCUAGAGUUUGUCAAGAACAUCAAUGAUAUUAUGGUUAAUAAGAUGUACAAAUUUCCUCUGCGCAGGAAAUAUGGAUCUCAAAGUAUAAUGCUUGAAAAGAAUGGAAAGGCUCUCGAUUUCUUUCCCGGUGAAGUGUCCGAUGAUCGGAUCAAUGCUAUUCAGGAAGCUUACUGGAGCAUGGCAUACGCGCUUUCUGAAGCAGAUGGAAUUGAUUACACAGAUCCUGAAGAGCUUGAGCUGCUGAUUACGACACUCAUAGACCUUGAUGCUAUGGAUGGUAAAUCAAGUGUAUCACUCUUGGCCGAAUGCUCUAGCUCUCCUGAUGUCAAUACUAGGCAAGCAGUAGCCAACGCACUAGCAGCAGCUCCGUCAAUGUGGACACUUGGCAAUGCAGGCAUGGGAGCAUUACAGAGAUUGGCGGAGGAUAGUGACCCGAUUGUUGCUGCAGCUGCAUCAAGUGCCAUCUAUGAGCUGAAGCAACAGUGGGAUAUAGAAGAGGGUGAUAGCAUGACAUUUACGCUAAAUCAGAAUGGUGCAGAAGAGGAUAAUAUCCAAACAAGCUGAUUAAAUGUAGUAGUUAAUAUUGUUUUAUUAAACUGUAAAAAAUGUAUCAUAGUUAAACAUGAUGGUAGAAACCAUAAUUACUAGUUUGUAAGUUAAACCCACAAACCACAGAGUUAACUAAUUCGUAAUUCAAAAGCGUCUCUUUUAUCCCUCGA